ACAGUACUGCCCCCUACAAAUAUGGCGGACGCAAUGGGGAAAAACAAUAACAUGAUUACAUUUAUUCAAACCGUGAUGCCAAGACAAUAGCUGUGGUAAUUGUACCACUGGGAACACAAACAUUAUUUUGUUAUAUUUUUUUAAAAAAUGAGUGCCAGUGCUUCAGAAACUAUAUCGCUUCUCAAUUUCUUUGUAUUCAAUACUGAAUACGGUCCACGAGAAGGAGAGGUAUGAAACUCACAACGGAAACGUACAAUUUUAACCUAAUUAAAAUAAUAAUAAAAUUUGUUUUAAAAAAAAAUAAUUAAAAUAUUUUUUUUUAAAACAAAUUCAUAUUUAGUACUUAGGCUUUAGGCAGGCCAUGUAUGUUAUUUCAAUAUUCAGGCCUAUGCCCUACUAAACUUAAAUAGUAACAGUGACAGAGCUUUUAAUUCAAAAAUAGGCUAAGCGAAAACCAUUUAAUUGUUUAAUGAAUUAAUUUGUACUAGAACUAGAGCCAGAGCUAACCAGUAACUAGAAAAAAUAAUUCCAAAACAUUUACUAAACUUGCUUCAGGCUUAGGGACUAAUUUAUUGAUAACCUAGAAUUGAAUGUGUUAUGGGGUAGAUAUACCUGGGCAGGGUUUCUUUGAAAAGAAAUUGGGAACACGGCCCUCUUGGGUAAAAGUAAAUGUCAUUGGUCAUUGGGCUUGGUAACACAGCCCUCUUGGGUAAAAGUAAAUGUGCAUUGUGAACACAGCCCUCUUGGGUAAAAGUAAAUGUGCAUUGUGAACACAGCCCUCUUGGGUAAAAGUAAAUGUGCAGAUAGAGGCACAGGUUUUGCAAGAGUUGUCUCACCCUUAGCGCAGUGACGUCACUUUGGGGAAUCCUAACUUUGCACUUACGGUGACAGGACCAACACUUGGACCAGAACGAUGAGAAUGAUAACUUUCCCGUUCUUUUCUGAUUUUUCUUUGCGUUAAAGGCACAAUCUGAUGAUCAAUACAGAAUAUUAGAUAAAUUGAAAUUAAAUUUUUCAUUCAGUUUUUAUUAAAAUUUAAAUGACAAGAUUAAACAAAAAUUAAAAGAGCAACUCAUCCUUGCUGAUGAACACCAUAAAAUAAGAUGUCUGCAUGGUUAAAAGUUCCAUUUUUGUAUUGGUUGUAAACAAAGUACCUUUAUGCUAUUAUUUUAUAUAAUGUCGCAAUUUAACGGGACAUUUCAACAUAAUUUUAUGGGGAGGGGAUACCCCCUCCGCCCAAUGCAAUACAAAAAUAAGGAACAAAAUAAUUUCUGAUGAGGGAAGACUCCCCAGAAGUCCUCCCAGUUCUUUCAAGACAAACAUUUAAAAAAUGAAGAAAAAAACAACUUUAUCAAAUGAAUACAAAGCUAAAUUUUGAAAUCUUUUGAAAAAUGGAACUAUGGCCGGUAGUUGACCAGGGAACAUCUCCAUGACCUAUAUACCGUGGCAGACAUCAGCAGCCUUGUCGCUAACUGUAUUUUAGCGGCCCCCAGAUACCAAAUGAUAAUGAGAUCUGAGGAGCUUAAAACUUAUUAUUUUUAGUGAGGACCUAUUGUGAACGAAAAAGAACUAAAAAUGAUAUUUUUUUAACAUUUCAUAAGAACAGUCUACAAAUACCUUUAGCUGUGAAAAUACAUUUUAUUAAAAAUCUAUUUGGCAGCACAAAAAGUUAAUGCUUUAAAAAAUAUUAAUAAAUAUGAUAAUGGACCUUUUUUUCCACCACUGAAACCUUUGAACUUUUCCUGAUCUUGAAAAUCUUUUUUAAAAAUUGAUUUUUUUUUAAUAUAAAAUGAGAAUAAUUCAGUUUUGAAAAUCUCUAAACAUUAUUUCAUUAAUUGUUUUCUUAUUAUUUCAACAUCAGCUCAUUUAUUUUUAAAAGUUUUUACAAAAUAGAAAAUGGGCCUGACAACAGAACCUUUUUUUUUAGUUUAAAUUUUAUUUAUACUGCUUGUUUUUUCUUACAGGAGGAAAAAAAGAUUUUGUACUAUUAUCCCCCUGAAGUUGACAUUGAUACUAAGAUCAAGAGGAUAGGUCUAAGUGAAGCGAUUGUCAAGUUUUCAGAGUUAGUAUUUACUUUGAAAAAUGUAAUUAUCCGGUACACACUUCAUCCAUUCAUUGACUAUUUUUCUCCAAACCUUAAAACAGGGGUCUCAAACUCAAAUCAUCCGGCGGCCACAAGACGUAUAGUCUGAGUGAGAAUGGGCAAUAUCAAGAAUUCCACAAAAAGCUAUUACAAAUUCAAUAAAGUACAACUGCUACAAUCUGCUCAACCUUUAUUAAUAACCAAUAAAAACAUAAAGGAUUCUCAAGAACUAAGCUUCACUAACUUCCCUCUACUCGUUGUUGCCAGAGACCUGGCAGAGCUCCUUCUUACACAGCGGCUUGAGUGAGGGAGCAACUGAGACCCUCGGUAUAGCUUGUAGAUGCUCAUUAGUAAGUUUGUCCCUAAACUUUGACUGUUAAAGUUCAUAGUGGAAAAGUGCUUUUCACACAGAUAGGUACUCCCCAAAAAGGCACAUAAUCCGCUUGAACAACCUGGAAAUCUCAGAGAAGAUGAAGGGCAAUGCUGUCAUAAAUUUUCCAUGCUUGUCUGUUUUUUCUAUUCACCUCCCUGAACUCAGAGGUGAACUCAAUCAGCUCCAUUCAGCACAGGGGAGCAUUUUCCACAUUAAAGGAGAAAGUGUCAGCAAAAAUGUGAAAAGUGGCUCUGUGUGUUUUUAAGUCUUAAAGUAAAAGCAUGUGAUCAAUUUCUUCCUGUAGCUUUGUAAUGGCAUCAGUAUACUUACUACUAAAUGGUGUGCCCGAGCCCAUUAGUACUUAACAUGUUGGGAAAUGGCAGAGCUUUCUCUAAGAGCCAUAACACAAGUUUUGUGCAGAAUGCACUGAUAUUGUUGUAGGCAACACUUACAAGCUGCCCCUGGUCUUGUAACUUCUUGUUGAGUAUAUUCAACUCCUGUGUAAUGUCAACAAGAAAAGCCAUUUUGGAUCACUUAGUACAGGAAAAACCAUCCCAUUCUACUCCAUGAAGGCUUUAAAUGCUAUAACGUGCUGUUGUAGGGAGAAUGAAUUUUUAUUUUUUUAUCGUAGAAAACGUCUUUUUGACUAACCCUAUUUUGAAAGUAACCAAGCUGACAGGCUCGGAAUUUCUAUUACUCGAUAACACUAGUGGCAAUUUUAAUAGGGAUUCUUUGAUACUGUGUCAGAUAGCUAUGAUUUACACAAUUAUGUUGUGCAUUACCCACCAACUGACUUUUAAAAGUUUUCUCAAAAUUGCACUUUGUCCAUAUUUGUCUCAUAAAAAGCUAUAAAAUAAAAACGUUUUGUCCGAUUUUAAAACUGUUUUUACCAUUAUAAUCAAUGUCCAAGUCUAUACAAACUUAAUAAAAAUCAGAACUGUACUAGUCGGUGAGAUUCGACUGUAACCGUUGUGAAGGGGCCACAUUAUAGAUAUGAGAAUGGGGAAAACUUAUGCCUUGCACCCCAGCAUGGGUCAUCUACAAAAGUUUUCCAUUCCUCUCAGCCCAGUGCUUUCCUUUCCAUUUGCUUCCAGGUGUAUCCCAUACUUUGUGUUUAAUGCUUUUAGCUUGUGUCUCCAUGUGUUCUUAGGCCUCCCUCUCUUGCUUUAUCUCUGUGGGUUCCAUGUUAGAGAUUGUCUGGUGUCCUCUAUCUUAUACUUUUGAUGUCUUCACCGAAAGGCUCUUGGUAUGUCCUCUCCAGUAAGUCAUUGUUGGUGAUGAUGUUUGGACAUUUUAUGUUCAGGAUCUUUCUAAUGCAAGUGUUUGUGAAAGUACUUACCUUCUGCUUGAUGCUUGCUGUUUCGGCUCCAUGGUGGAGGACUGAUUUGACAUUUUUGUUGAAAAUUCCAACUUAAGUUUGCCGAGUUUUGAUUACACCAAAAGGGUUAAGAUUAUAAUAAUUUCUAGCUUGCAACGCAUUUCGUGUUUCUAAAAUGUCAACAGUUAACUUAAAAAACAAAGGCAAGAAAGAUUCUAAUGGGAAUUAAUCAACUAUAACACAUACAAUGGAAUGUAUAUUUAUUUGUACUUAUGGCAACAUGAGCAUUCUUGAAUCAAAUUUUUGUAAACUUCUCAGAACAUUUUCUGACAAGCCAUGUCAGAGUCUUCACACCCAGAAGGCCAGACAAGUCUUUUUUGAACCAGAAAGUUGUUUUUGGAUGAUAAUGGUAAAAUAUUAAAAUUUAUGUUGAUGUUAAUCUUUUUAAAAAUGUAUCCUGCUGUUUCAAAAUAUGUAGAUUUGCCUGAAAAUACAUUUCAAUGAAAGAUAAUGCUUUGAGCUGAGUUACUGGGUGUUAUUUUUUUUUUUUAAUCUUUAUAUUGUUCUAUUUUUCUGGUUAGAUGUAAAUAUUGAUUUAACUUGUGUACCAUAUCCAGACAGUGUCUAUACCAUUCAAAGAAAAAGUGAAGGAUGGACAGAAUGUUACAGAGUAUAGAGAGGAUCACGUCCAGGACUCUGUGUUUGAAUCAAUCCUUAGACAAGCCUACAAAAUGUUUAAAGUGAGGACAUUUUUUUUUGCACAUUGUUUAUCAGUCCUUACCUCCCACAACCCCCCCCCCCCCCCCCCCCCAAUCACUUCUACAGUAGCUAAUGAUAUAACUUUUUUUUAAAUCUAUCUAUCGUCGCCUUUAAUCCUCCUUUUUAUCCUUUCCAUCAAACUGAUACAGUUGUGUGUUAUUAAUAUGUUUCUAUACUCUCCACUUCUUUAUUUUUAGCUCUUCAACGGAACAUUUACGACCAUAUUAAACCGAGCCAAUGGAGAGGUGGAGUUAUUGAAGCAAAGACUUGAACAUUUCUACAACAAGGUAAGCAAGCAACUCUCAGCCUCUGUAAACUUUCAUAGAACACUAACUGACAUGAUAAAAUACAUUAAAUUAAAUGCAAUGUAUAUACUUUUUUAACCUAAGUCCAUUGCACAUUGUCUCUGCAAGUAAUGUAUGGCUUUGAAGUGAUCUCUACCAUUCAGAUACGAGCUUGCAAAAUAUGAAAUAGGGUUAAAACAAUUCAUGACCUAAUUAUACACCCGUUAUUUAUUAUGCAUUAAUUUCAUCUUUUUUUUUUUUGUCUGCUGAUAAAACCUGUCUGCAGAAAUGUACUCGGUUUUGCCACACAUCAUCCUUCACUGUAAUUUAUGUUUAUUAAACAAAUUUUACUGACGUGAUUCCAGUCUAUCCCCAUUAUAUUUCUGUAAGACCUAAGUAUGUUCCAUAGUUUCCUUAAAUUUGAUCUAUGUAGAUUGAAGAAAAUAUAAUUAUGGGUGUCGUUAUUUUUUAAGAGUAGUUAAUUUUAAAACUAAUUAAAGUAUUUAUACGUUUUUACUUUAGUCAUAGUUUGAUGUUUGUUACCUUAAAUUCUCUUCUCCAGUAUUUGUUGACAUUAAAAAUUGCACAAGGAGAUAUACUGGACAUCUUUAACGGUAUCCAUUUUCUUCCUCUGGACAAGAACACAUACUUACGUAUCCAAUGUUUUAUCAACAGUCUCGAGGCAACAUUCCCCUUUAUCAAGUAUACAGCAUUUCUCUACAAUGAGAAACUCGUCUGGUAGGCUUUACAAAUGUAGAGGCAGAUAACACAAAUGUCUAUACAAGUAUGCCAAAACAAAUAAUUUAACAUUAUUUUGUAUAUAGUCUUGAUAUUUUCAGAUUUGUGUGUUGCACUGUAUAUGUGUUCUCAUGUUAUUGAUGGAAUUUAUUUUGAUAUGGCUAAUACAAUGCUUUUGAACUAAUAUAUGAUUAUGGUUAUUAAAAUAUUGGACACUUCCAAUAAUAAUAUUCCAUUAAAAAAAAUUGUGGUAUAGUGUUUAAACAGUAUCAAAAUACCUGUACCACUAUCUUGUAUAACGAGCUAUUCAGGAAAGACUUGGAGCAAACAAGAUUAUGAACAUACUUAAACUCCUUUAAUGAAAAUCUGAAUGAGAAAAAUAUUUUCUUAAAGAAUUCUUUUUACUUCUACUUAUAUCAAAUAUUAUAGUUUUUCAAAAUACCAGUACUUUGAUUAUUGGUCAAAUGAGGAUUAAACAAAAUUUGUGUAUUUUGCUAUUAGCCGUCAGAUAUUUUUUAUUUAUAUUCUUCUGAUAAAUUACUUGGAACAUCGGUUUAAGUUAGUGAAAUUUGUUCCUAAAUUUUAAUUUUUUUUCCUCUUUAUAAUUUCUACCUGGAUAUGUUCAAUAAAAUUGUUUCUGUAAUAUUUUCCUUUUAGUUGGUGAUCACUUUUGUCAUUUUUGAAAGACAUUCAAAAAAAGUUUUAAUUCUAUAAAUGUCAUGUUCUAGAUUUUUCAUUCUUGGAUGUCUCUAAACUAGUUGUUGUCUUAAGCCAUGAUGUGCAUUUUUAUUUUAAAUAUAAAAUUGUUACGGUGUCAUUUACUGAAAUUUAUUAGUUCCUGAAGAAGAACAAAAACAGAAAAGUAAAACAAACAUAAAAAAGGUUUUCUUUUUAUAACUUCAGAGAAAUCAAUUAAGGCCCAUUAUUUCAUGGUGAAAAAUCAAUUUUUCAUAUUUCAAUACACUGCAGUAAUAUAUUUCAAUAGCACUUCUAUUUUGUGCACCUAGCAUGUUAAUAUACUUCCAUUGCCCUGUGAAGGACACUUUGGCCCAUGUCCACAUUUUAUUCUACGGUGCACUAACAGUAAACACCAUGGAGCAGCAAACAACAGAUCACCAUAUUUAUAAGUUAUGUGUUGUUUUCAUCAGGAGUGGCUUGGAGCAGGAAGACAUGAGGAUCAUGUACAAAUACCUGACAUCCAGUCUCUUCCCCACCUACCUGGAACAAGAGUUGCAUGGACAGGGCCGGCCUCCCAGUGGAUUUGGUCACUUUGGGAGGUCAGUCAUUAUAUUAAUUGGAUUGUGUACCUAGCUAAGUAAAUCAAACCGAUAAGUUACAUAGAACCACUAAUCCAAAGCACAGGCCUGUUUAGUCUUAUGAUUAUGGCGUACAAUGUACGAUUUUGAUUGUACACCAAGGCCUGUCAGAACUACGAUUUUAAGAGACCCGGUUGAAAAUAUAUUCCUUUAUUUUUUCCGAUUAAAAAAAACCAAUACAUUAAUUAAAAAGAACAUUUUUUUAAAAGGUUGUUAGUUUUAUCUUGCAUUUGCAUUCUUCAUCCAGCGGUGAAUGGAUCGAGAAAUACGAUUGUUGGGGACCAUCUAAAUUUAUAUUACGUUUGCCCUGACAGGAGAAUGGAGUGGUGUUGAUUUAAGAGAUUGUGCGUGUACCGGUGGAAGGAGUGUCUAAAUAUUUAAGUCUAUAAAAUUAACACCGCCACAUUUUGUAAUGAUAGUGGUGAUGGUCAUAUUGUUGCGUUGUUUUUUCAUAAUGAACUCGUUGAACACGGCAAGAGUAAUAUGAGCAUAGUCGCCCUAGUGACCAUUUUAGUCCGUCCGGGGCCAUCCUUAUAUAAUGUACCGUACGCACUGAGUUGGGGGAGGAACUUGUUGAUUUUGAAGACUUUGGCUGCGCUUGCAUGUGGUAGAGUGGUGGGGGGGGGUCUCGUUAGAAAUUGUGUAUGCUAUUCUAAUGAAACUCUGAAAUUCUAAAAAUAACAUACUUAUAUCGCGAAUUCUGUAAAUUUAUCUCACAUUGUUUUGUAGGAAUUAUCAUAACAAUGUGACUAUGUAUUUUCACAAAUGAACUCGCUAGAUAUAUUCACAUAGUAUUAAGCAGUAGAGGUGUUUCAGUAAUUUAUAGUACAUCCUAUGUCCAACGUGCUUGUGAGUUGUGACGUAUAUUUUGUUGGGCAACGCCAGUGCUUCUGAAAUUUUCGUUUCCUUGCACCUAUGCCAAAUUCAGGUUUUCAACAGGCUCCCUGUGUUAAAUUCUUACAAGUACAUUUCAAAAUAGCAAAAUAAAUUAACAAAAUAAAAUAAAGGGUUGGAUAAAAAUAAAUAUAACAUGUAUGUAGGUCACUAAGCGCCAUCUAGUAACUGCAAACAUUAUUUACUCAAGUGGGUUACUGCUUUAACCACAAACACUAGAUGUCAUAUUGAAUUAAAAAGUGGAAAUAAAUUUAUUAAAAUUUAGUAAUAUUUCUCAACGCCCCUGGGAGCAAGCUGCAGCAACCCAUAUAGAAAAAUAGAGAUGGGGGGUGUCGUAAAAAAAAUAAUUACCUAUGCAACAAGUGGAAAGGGGGGGGGGGGGGGGAUUUUUUUUUCUAUACCGGUAUGUCGUACCAUUGAGAUGGCCCCUCACGUUUGUUUGCAUUGUCGCUGUAUGGCGUGAUUUUGUGACAAGUAUUUCUUACAGUUGAGCAGCCCUGAGUGCAAAAAAAGAAAACACUAGAGAAUGCAUUCUCAACUGUUACACGCAGCAACAUUCCAUUUCGACAUACUUAAUAGGAUCUGAGAGGGCCUUUGAAAAAUGUUUUUAGAACGCAGAUAACAGCUUUACGAUUUUUAAUCCUCUCUCUUCCUUUCACCCCUUUACAGCUUUUGGCAGUUUUAAGGCUGUAAUAUCAUCUACUUUUAGAAGUUCCCUUUUUUUAAUAUCAGCUCAACUUGAUCCAGCUAGACACGUGAUGCGAGUAGGCCUAGUUAUUGUAUAUUGUAUACAUUAUAUAUAUUAUAUGUUUAUUUAUAUACUAUUAAGUUAUUGUAUUGUAUGAUUUUUGAGACAAUAUUGUACGAUUUUAGGAGUUUGAGGGUAAACGGGUCUGAAAGCAUUUAAAGUUUGAUAAGUUAGGUCUUCAUAUUUAAUUUAUAACUGUAUACUUGGAUAUAGGUUUAUGACAGGGCCCCCAGAUCUCAAUGAUGAGCGCAACAUGGGGAAACUUCCUCGGGUCUAUGUCAACACAGAGGAAAUUGAUGAAGAAUGCUACCUCAUAGUGUAUACUGCUCUCAGUGCUACUAUAUGUCUACUUGUCAAUGGUAAUUUUAACAGUAUUCUAUAAUAGUCAGUUGAGUAAUAUUAGCUACUCAUUGGUCAUUUGUGUAUUUUUGUUGACAAAUGGUAAUUUUAGUAUAUUUGCUGAUCGAUUGAAUAGUAUUUGUUUACCAAAUUAAAUUUGUUUUUAUUGACAUUUACAAAACUCUUCUUUAGAUCUAAAAACAUGGGCAAAAAAUUAUUAUUUUAUAAUUUUUUGUUUUUUCUACUAGAAUACUUUCCUUAAAUUCAGGCUUUGUACAUUAUUUCAGUUUUUGUCCUGUGUAGAAAAAAAAUCAUUGAAAUCAAGUUUAGUUUCAAUUCUCUAUGAUGCAUAUUAUAAUACAAAAUUUUUGUCAGUGCGAAGUCCUCUAAAUGUGCUGCUAUGUCGAAAGCUGGAUGCUAUGUUGGGUCCUCAGAUGACCAAGUUGGCAUCAGAUAUAGGAGAACAGUACAGCAGAAGAGUAGCAUCUUUAAAGUGAGGACAGAAUUUUUAACACAUCCAAUGACUAACAAAUCUCAAUUACUCGCACUAAAGAACGGCUGAGGUCUAUGUCAUAAAAAUUCCUUUUAAUCAAGGAGAAAUUUAUAAAUAAAAGAAUGAGUGUUGCUGCUCAUAACAAUUAUUUGUACAGCCCCUUCCAGGUUUGAGUCAAAUUAAUCAACUGAAACUUUCUAAUGGCAAAAGUGCUUUCAACAUUUCAUUGUAAAGCAUCUAUCUUCAGCUAUUCUUUUGGCCACAGAGACACCAGAAUCUAAACUUUUCAAUAAAUUUUAGUUUCUCUACAAUACUUAAAGAAACCUUUUUCAAUGCAACUUUUACGCACAAUUUUACUUGUAUCGUGUGCUUGGAGUUUUUAGGUACACAAUUUUCGCCAGCGCCCCAAAUUACUACACAAUAGACAUUUAGUGAAUUAAUAGACUUUAUAUUUCAUUAAAUGACUGUUUAAACUUAAAUAAACCAAUAUUUAUGCAAUGGUCCAUCAUAGAGUAAACUAGAAACUGAAUAUAAAGAUUUACCCUAAUCAGUUUUACUCUCUAAAUCAUAUUUUUAUAAAUCAAUUAAUUUAUUUGUGUCCAUAGCUCUGCAGAACCAGUUUUUAAAUAUGUCUAUUUCAACCACAUGAACCUGGCCCAACAGACAACUGUGCAUAUUGACCUUCAGAAGAGGUCCGGGGUCAACAUUCCUCCUGACAUCUUACGCCUUUUGGGAGAUAUCAAUGCAGAUCUCACAAAGUAAUAAUUUAACUACUUUUCUUUUAUUUAUUUUUGAAAUAUUAUUUUUUAAUUUUCCACUGGUACUUUUUUUUAUUAACUGGGUGAGUUAAGUAAGUGCUUAAAAAGUGUGCAUCUCUUUAACUUUACCUGCUCUGUUAUUCUAUUUCAAUUCAUAGGUACUAAGCCCUUUUUCUGUAUAUUGAUUUGACGUUGAGAGAUUUUCUUUAAAUUAUCAUUUUAAAAUAUACAGAAUGGGGGCUGUAAUAUUAUUUUUGUUGGAAGUUAAUUUAAAAACAAAGUUGGGUUUUAAAGUAUCACUAAAACAACAUUGCCCCUAUGUUGUAAAACUGUAUAGCAAUAAUAGAAAUAAGACGUAGACCUAAAUUAUUUAAUCAGAGAGACAUCAACUUGUUUUUCUUUACUCUUUAUUUAAGUAAUAAAUUCACAUUUGGAUUUUGAGCUCAUUUUUCUUUUAAAAAAUCUAAAAAAAUAAAUUAUGAGUAAAAAAUAUGGCAUUAAACUUCCGAUAAAAUAUAAAAAGACAGUUAAAAUAUUAAAGAAAUUUGCAAAUGAUACCACAAUAAAAUUGUAAAAAAAAUGAAAUAUGUAAAAUAGUACUUCUUUCAUUUGUGAAAAUAAUUAUUUUGGAGGAAACUGAUUGGCUGAUGGGAAUCAAAAAAAUUAAAAAUUAAUAUUCUGAAAUAUGCACAUAUUCACCAUUUUUGUUUAAUGAUUCUUUCUUGUGCCAUGUUACAGAGGUAAUGAAGAUGGGGAAACUAUAGUGAAAACAACUACUGACUACUGGGUUGUAGGCAAAAAGUCUGACCAAAGGGAGUUUUAUGUUGUCAUCAAUCAGCGCAGUGCAAACCUUAUAGAGAUUAAUGGUAAUGUCUUUGUCAGCUUUAAUUAUAUGGAAUAUAUAUUAUUUAAAUGGUGAAAAUUUCUUACUGUAGACAAAUUGCAUUUUACAACUUUAUUUUAACCCUUUGGAUACCAACCUACAAAGUACGGCACUUACGCACCAGAAUGACAAAUCGGCUGCAGCGUGGAACGUGUUCUCAAAGGCAUAUUGAUUACAAAUUAUAAUUAUGAACUUGGAUGAAUUGGAGAAAUCGUUUUAUUUUAUUUUGUCACAAAAAUAAUUUUGGAAUCUUGAAAGCCAGAUAAUUAUAUUUAUGUAUUUUAAAAUUGUGGAAAAUUAAAUGACCAGAUUUUUGUUUCUUUGUGGUACCUCGUACCGGUCAAUCCAAGCCAGGUGUUUUAAUUAAUUAUUUUUAUAAUACAAUUACAUUCCUUCCUGUAAUAGUUAAACUAGAUAGUAUUCAAGAAAACAAGCCCCUUUAUUGUAUACAUGUGUUUUAGUCACAAAUAAAUAAAUGCAAUAAACUUUGUAACAAAAAAAAAAAAUAAACAUUAUAAUUUCUCCUUUUUUCUUUUUUUUUUUUUAUUAUAAAAAUCAAUUUGCCUUCAUAAAGUGACCUUAACCAAUAGCAUAUUCUGACACAUUUUUUAAAUUUUAUUUUUUCUGAAAUUUAUUAUUUGAAAGUCCUGUGUUAUUUUUCAAAAAGUAACAAAAUUAGAGGAAGUCAUACAAUGUUACCAUUAUCAUAAUUUGAAAGAUCUGGUUUCAACUACUUAUAGAUUUUUCCAAAUAUCAAAUGUUUUUUAUUUCUUUCUUUUUAUUUUUUUAAACAGAGGAAGUUAAGAGGCUUUGCAGUACAUAUCUGAACAAUAUUUUUUUCUUGGACUGAAGCAAGUCGGCUAUCGGAAGACCUUGUUUAGAUGUAACCAAGAUUUUCUGGUAGCUUCUGAUUUUGAGAUGUCUGGGACAAGAAACAAAGUCAUAAAUGUGAUUCGCUUUUAUUGAAUGUAUAAAUUUGUUGAGAAAUGUGUUUUAGGUCACGAAAGUGUGAAAUGUGUUUCAACACCUGUGUUUGUGAUGUCUCUUAGGGUUGAAAUGUGAGUUUGCAAUAGUGUAUUUGAUGAAGACAUUUUUGUUAUUGAAAGUAUUCAUAUUUUUAGUAAAGACAAUGUCUAAGAUGGGACAGAGACAAAAAAUGUAUAGGAUGUAUGUAUUUAUGUAACAAUGAAUGUAUUAUUAAAUCAAUAAAGUAAAAUUUGUGAUAGAAAGAGAUUGCUUAACCUAUUUAUUGCCUUGCAAUAUUUCUAAAAUUAUAUUGACAUUCAAAAUAUAUGAAAGGAAAUGGAGGAGAAAAAAUGCUACCAUUGAACAUUCGUUUUACUAUGUACAUUUGAAAGAUUGAAAUAUGCGAGAUCUUAAAGCCACAUAAAUGUAUCAAACUGAACCGAAAUAUAAACAUUUGAGUGGAAGUUUUGUGAUUAUUUAAGUUGAUUCUCGGUGGUGAAGUCAGAGAAGGAAAUGUAUGCAGUUGAACUAAUCUGAUUAAUUUAGUGCAGAAGUCCCUUGACAUUUCGUGCCUCGGUUUUCUCUCCUUCAUUAUUCCUUAAAAAGUUGAUAGAGAUAGUGAAAAUGAUACAGCGCGCUCGGUUGUCUGAGUCAAAUAUACACUCCUGUAUAAAAAUUACUGUAGGUGUGGACUGUUCCGGCCCUCGAGGCCAUUUCAUCUCGCCCCCCCUGAUGGUACUUGAAUUUGCUUGAUAAAACGUAUGUUUACCUAGAGAGAAUGAGUACUUGUUGGAUAUUGGCACUGCUAACCUAAUGAGUUUCAGAAACUAAAGAACUUUGCCGCUGGUAUGGCAUCAGUGUUUGGAAUAACAUGUCUGUGGGAAAAAAUUUUCAAAAAUGAAAUAUGUGAAGUCAAUACAUCGAACGAGAAUGACUGAUAAACAUUUGAAAACAAUUCUCUUGAUUGGAUGCAGUACUUGGAAACUAAAUAUUGAUGAAAUCUUGAAACCCAAACGUCACAUUCAUAAAUCUCACUUACCCUUUUGCUGGUUAGCUUGUGAUAUUCGAAUAUGUGCGCACUAGGUCUGGUGUAACUAUCUUUUUCUAACGUCUCCUUAUUUGAUCAUUUUUUUUUUGAAAAAUAUGUUGGUUCUCUUGUUUUUUUUGUACCAGUACAUUGCACGCCACUCACCCAUGAUUAACAUGGAAGACUCAAUUUAGUUUUUCUCCUUUUUUUUCCUAGAGCUUUCGUUCUGGCUUGCAAGUAUUGUACAGUAUGGGCCACACAGUGGAAUGUCCUUUUGAGGAUAGCACCAUCAUGUCCUCACAGUAAAAUGUAUUGUUGAUAGCACCAUGAUGUCCUUACAGUGAAAUGUCCUGUUGAGGAUAACACCAUGAUGUCCUCAGUGAAAUGUCCUGUUGAUGAUAGUGCCUUGAUGUCCUCACCGUGAAAUGUCCUGUUGAUGAUAGCACCAUGAUGUCCUCAGUGAAAUGUCCUGUUGAUGAUAGCACCAUGAUGUCCUCACAGUGAAAUGUCCUAUUGAUUAUAGUACCAUGAUGUCCUUACAGUGAAAUGUCCUGUUGAUGAUAGCACCAUGAUGUCCUCAGUGAAAUGUCCUGUUGAUGAUAGCACCAUGAUGUCCUCAGUGAAAUGUCCUGUUUAUUAUAGCACCAUGAUGUCCUCAGUGAAAUUUCCUGUUUGAUUCUAUUGAUUAUAGCACCAUGAUGUCCUUACAGUAAAUUGUCCUGUUGAUGACACCAAGGGAAACAAAAACAAUGCUGAUCUCCUGUCUGAUAAUGUUUGAUGGUGAAAGAGCACAUUAUUGACUAUGUGAAGUUGUUCACAAAAAAUAUGAUUGUCAUAAUAAAAGUAUAGG